GGGAUUAGCACCACGUGGUGGCGUCCUUUUGCGUUAUCUUACCAUCGAUUGUGCAACAUUCGUUCAUGUUGAUCGCUUACCGGUGUUCUUCAUUUUCGCCAGUCAUAACACAUGUAGGAACAGACAUUUAUACACGUGAGAGCUAUGGACGAAACCAGCCAAGACAGGAUCACGCCCACAACAUGCAUUAUUCAUGCUACUGAAGACCAAACCAACCAAUCAGGAGAGGAUGAUGCCAAAGCCCCGCCUACUUCAGCUGUCAAUGACACUGAUCACCACCAAUCAGAAGUGGUUGUGCAGGUUGCCCCGCCCACUUCAUCCAUAAACAAAGAUGCUGAGGGUGGAGCAGAGAGCUCGACCACACCCACAACAGGCUUCUCGAAGUUCACAACGCACCAAAAAGUGACCUUUCUGAGCGUUGUCCUGGCAACCAUCGCCGAUGUCACAGCUUUCGCCCUCAUGACACCAUUUUUUCCAAUCGAGGCCGAAGCACGGGGAAUGUCCGCAAUCACCGUUGGUUUCACCUUCAGCAUUUUCUCCUUUACAAGUUUCGUGUUUUCUCCGAUUUUUGGUAAAAUUCUACCGGUCGUUGGAGCACGUUUCAUGUUCCUUGCAGGGUCCUUUGUCUCUGGUGGAGGCUGUAUCUUAUUUGGGUUUGUUGAUGAGAUGCCGACAGGAUUAUGGUUUACAUUUUUCUGUCUUCUGCUUCGUGCCGUGACGGGCAUUGCUGCUGCGGCGGGUAUGACUGCGUCGUCGGCAAUCAUUGCGUAUACAUUCCCUGACAAUGUCGGCUUGGCUUCGAGUGUGAAUGAAAUGGUGGCAGGAGUGGGAUCCAUGAUAGGACCGGCCAUCGGGGGAGUACUGUACUCGGCUGGUGGUUUCAAACUUCCAUUUAUAGUCCUUGGAGCAGUUGAUUUAGCCUUCUGUGGAGUCAACUAUUUUCUGAUGCCUGAUCAUGGUACCAAAGAUGAUAAGAUGGGCUCAUUACUUCAGCUGCUGAGGAUUCCCGCAAUCUGGGUGACGAUGAUUUGUAUUCUUCAGGGGUCUGUGGCCAUGGGGUUCCUGGAUCCUACACUUUCACCUCACCUUACUGAACUGGGUUUGAAUAUUAACGAUAUUGGCUUUGUGUUUCUUGGAUUUUCUGCGUCGUAUGCCAUCUCGUCUGUCAUUUUUGGAUAUCUUGCAGACAAGACGAAAGCUACACGCAUCAUGCUUGUGCUGGGUUCUUUCGGGGGUUGCAUUGCAUUUCUUUUUCUUGGGCCUUCACCGUACCUCAAUCUGCCAUUCACCAAACCCAUUGUACUGUCAUCAUUAUUGGUCGGUUGCAUAACCUUUGCUCUACUCAUCAUGCCGUCAUUCUUAGAUAUGCUGAACUCGGCUCUGUGGUACGGUGUGCCAAAUGACUUGGGGCUGAACAGCAUGAUUUCUGGUUUAUGGACAGGAGUUUUUUCUCUUGGCUCGAUGCUGGGGCCUAUCAUAGGUGGUACACUCAAGCAGGGUUUUGGGUUCGCGGAUGCCACAACUGUUCUCGCCGGCAGCUGUAUCUUUACCAUGCUCGUCAUUAGUCUGUUUGGGGUCUGGGAAUACCAAUGCGGAAAGGGGAAGCGCGUUCCAGCCUCAAGACUUGCAUCCUUACAAACUAAUUCCAUUGAUGAGGAACGCAGACCGCUGUUAGAUGGCGUCAACACUUAAAUGGAUAUAUUUCGGACAAGAUUCAACGGCAGGUAUUCAUUUAGGGUUUUCGUCUAUGGUGACAUAUUAAGAGAGUGAAAUAUUUGCUUUUGAAAAAGUUGAAGAUGAUUUCUACAAAAGCAUAAUUAAUAUCAGUACAUGUACAGUAGUUAAUGCAGCUUAGAACAUUUUUGUAUAAAAAGUAAUUUCUGGGGAAAAAAGUGGGAGUAAAUUGUAUUAAACACAUCAUAGUUUAGGCCAAAAAAAAAAAGAUCGGUCUCUGGUCAGACCAAAGUUCCGGAAUUGAUGCGGCGACACAGCUUUUUUUUUUUCCCUCAA